AUGUUGCCUCAGGUGAAGCGAUCCAGCGAUGAAGAGAGGCUGGGCAUCGAAGAGACACCACUGAUAGAGUGGCUGGUAAGGCACCUCCUGGUGACAGGACUGGAAGAGAGUUUGGCUGAUGAUGCUGCAUUGUUUCCUUGCCCAUGUGACACGGUGAGGAUUCUCCUCACGUGUCAGUCUGGAGAGCUGGUUUGUGGCAAUCUUCCAUGUGCAGUGGACUGUUCUUGGAGCCGCUGGACACCGUGGAGUUCUUGCAGUAGAAGCUGUGAUGUUGGAUCCAGGCGGAGAUUCCGAUCUCCCACAAACCCCCCUGCAGCGUUGGGUGGGAGAGAGUGCGAGGGUGACAUGGUGGAAACGGAAUAUUGCAGUCUGCAGCUUUGUGACAGAGUGUGGAGUGAGUGGGGUCACUGGUCAGAAUGUUCCGUCUCUUGUGGAGGGGGCUUCAGGAACCGAACUCGAGUGAACAUCUCAUCACAAAGCAGUCAGCUGACCAGCUGUAACACUCAUCCAUGUGAAGCCCAUCCAUCGAACUGCUCUGAAGGGACUGUGUGGAGGGAUUGUUCCAUUGGAGCUGACACUUGCACAGAGCUCAGUGUGGGAGAGGAGUUGAGUUGGAACUGCAGCUCGGGAUGUUACUGUCAGGAUGGUCUGCUCCUACAGGAGCUGGUGCCUGGGGAGAAUGGUCUUUGUGGAGUGAUUGCUCACGAAGCUGUGGGGAUGGUGUGCGAUCUCGAAGCCGGCUUUGUGACAGCCCCCCUCCCCAGGGAGAUGGGGAUUUCUGCGAGGGUCUGA